AAACGAACCUCGCACGUCCAGUACGUUCCGAUAAACCAUUCCGAGCGGACGGUGGUAUUGUGUUCCUCGUAUCCGUCCGUGAACCGAUAACAACCGGUCCAACGUCCAAACAAUCUAGCAGCGUAGCGAAGGGCGAAAGUGUGACUAGGCAGAAACCAUGUCCGCCGAAGAACUUAAGCUUCUCGAUGAGCUGUUCGAUAGCUGUGAAUACCAGGCGUCGCUCGAGAUGAUCCAGAAGCUGGCGGACCAGGAUAGCGUCGAGGUAAAGUGGCGGCUGGCGCGGACCGUUUUCUUUCUCUCGAAACAAGCGACCGUGGCCACGGAGAAGGACGCACUGGUCCGGGAGGCUUUCGGCCACGCCGCGGCUGCACUCGAGACGGAUGGGGACAACUUCGGAGCCAACAAAUGGUACGGGGCCAUCCUGUCGGAGAAGAGCAACCUGGACGGGGUUACGGAGCGUAUCAAGCAGCUGGAAAACGUACAGAAGCACUUCCAGCGUGCGGUCACUUUGAAUGGUACGUCCGACCCGGGCAUCUGGCAUAUGCUGGGUCAGUUCAACUUCAAGCUUUCGGAAGUGGGCUGGGUCACGCGCAAGCUAAUCAACUCGGUGGCACCUAAUCCGCCGACCGCUUCGUACGAGGAGGCGCUCGAAUGUUUCACCAAAGCCGAAACGAUCCGGCCCGGGUUCUACGCGCUGAACCUGUUGUACCUGGGUAAGACGCACCUAGCGCUGAAGCAACCGGACGAGGCGAAACCGUGGCUCGAGCGGGCGGCCGCGGUACAGGUGCGGUGCGAUGAUGAUCGCAUCUGCCACGAAGAGGCCACGGAGCUGUUGGGCAAAUUCUGAGCGGCAUCGAGUGACCCAGAACCGGCAUGGAAUUCAACCGGGUUUGAGGAGCUUAGGAGGAGUACCGCGAGUUACGAGUGCCCAUUAGAAAUGUACGUUGUUAUGGAUUGACUGUUAAUUUAUCGUGUGCGAUCCAUAUCGCUAACACGCGGCAUGAUAUUGUCCUUUUAGUGGGGGGGUUUAGAUUGCUAACUGGUUAUCAGAGCUUUAUGAGUUACCGUUAUCGGAUAGAUAGGCGAAUCAAUCCGCAAAGGGGUGAAGGUUAUAGACAGCUAGAGUGCGGCGGGUCAAUUACGGAACACCGUUUAGGGGCCUUUACCGAUCGCUCAUUGUAAAUAGGCGUAGAACGAAAGUAGCCAAUACGCAACGGUUUAUCUUGGACGCGUAAGAUAAUGGCAAAAAAGGAAUAAAGGAAUACAA